UCCGAAGGCCCAGAAUAAAAGUCCUCCCAUUUCUCAAUCUUUAACUUCAAUCCUUCGAUUCCCAGAGGCAAAUCUGGCCUUGAAGAAUUCACAGGAUGAGUGCCACUGUGAACAGAACUCCGAAAUCUAGCAGGCAGACAUUGUUUUACCAGGAUUUAGCUUCACCUAUCUCGUCGCGGAGAGGAAAGAUUUCAACUCCAGGCCAGGCGGCUGCAGUAUCUGCUCUAUGGCGUGAGAGUUGUAGUGAUCGGUCGGACCUUCCCCCUCCUCCUCUCUACACUUUCGAAGACCGUUCAGAUUUCUCCCCUGAAUCUGGAAUUCAUGAUUAUCCGAUAUCCCCAGAAAUCAAAUCGGAUCCCAGAAGUCCAUUCCAAAGUUCUGGAUAUGAUUUUUCUACUCCUGUUAAAAACAAAUUGGAGGCCAGCACUUCUUAUGCUCUCUCAAGUGGACAGCAUGGGCAACAGGGUUCAGCUGGUAUGAAUUGGUGGGGGUCACCCUCAAAGAGUGGUGGUGAGCAAGACGACAAAGGAAUGAGUUCACCUGUGGAGGGUGUUGUUCAGCCUGGUGCUCUGAUCACUCUCCCACCUCCAAGGGAAGUUGCAAGGCCAGAAAUGCAAAGGAAUACCAUGCCUGCUGCAAAUCCCCAAGAGGAAGAAUGGGUUACUGUUUAUGGAUUUUCUCCAGCUGAUACAAAUUUAGUUUUACGGGAGUUGGAGAAAUGUGGUGUCAUUUUGAAACAUGUUCCUGGCCCAAGAGAUGCCAACUGGAUGCACAUUCUAUACCAGAGUUCCUCUGAUGCUCAGAAAGCUCUCAGUAAGAACGGGAUGCAAAUUAAUGGAGCAUUGAUCAUAGGUGUGAAGCCACUGGAUCCAAUGCAACGCCAUACCUUAAAUGAACGGCUCAUCAACAAUCAGGGUUUCAUGACCUUGCCCCCGCCAUCAUCCACGAGACAUGCAGAGCUGGAUGCUUCAGGAGCGGCCCCUCGCCCUUACUAUCUUCAAAAUGGUAAUACCAGUGCGCAGCAAUCUGGAGGCACAAUUGCUUCCCCAACGAAGUCUUUGGUUUCCAAGGUCAUGGAUUUGAUGUUCGGAGUCUAGCUGCUGUGGUCAGCCAACUGUUACUGUGAGAUUUCUGUGUCGAGAUGUAAUAGUUGCGGCGAUUAGGUUUACCGUCCAAAUUUGAAGGGGUGACCAGAUCACUCAAUUAAACCCCCCCUUUUAUAUUCUCCAGAAUUUUCAAAGCUAUAAUAGUGUAAUACAGGUCACUUGAGGGCGAGGUAAAACGUUUGGUUUGUUCCAGUUUUUGUGCAAUGAUUGAUGGUUGAUAGUUGAUACCGUGGAGAGCUGAUAUCAAUGAUAGUGUCUCAGGCUUCUCUUGUCGCAGAUUGAUAUAAUGAUAUA